AUGUUUCGGAAGAUUUGGGUGAACAACAAACACCGCGACUUCCAGAGAAUUGUCUGGAGAGAAAGGCCAUCGGAUCCAAUCAAACACUAUCAACUAUGCACCGUCACUUAUGGCACCUCAUGUGCACCAUUCCUGGCUGUUAGGGUGUUACAGCAACUGGCUACUGAUCAUCAUCAGGAAUUCCCGAAUGCUGUAAAAAUCUUAAAAGAGGAUUUUUAUGUCGACGAUGUGCUCACUGGGUCAAACACUGAGGAGGAACUGAUACAAAAUCGAAAGGAACUUAUUCAACUUAUGUCCUGUGCUAAUUUGGAGCUUGGGAAAUGGGUAUCAAACACACCUCGCAUACCAACAGAAGGAACUGAUUCUACACAAUCAUCUCCAGUGAAGGUUCUUGGACUUUACUGGCAACCUGGUCUUGAUACAUUGUCUUAUAAUGUUGGUCUAAAAGGAAAUUGUACAAAACGACAAGUUUUAUCGGAUGUCUCACGGAUCUUUGAUCCACUUGGGCUCUUUCAACAAUUAUGGCUUCUCGAUUUGGGAUUGAAUGACAAACUCCCUAAGCAACUAGCGGACACUUGGCUCAAAUGGCGAGCAGAUUUGGAUAUUCUACAACACAUUCAAAUACCCCAAUUGGUUGUCAACGACACCGACAACAUUGAAUUGCAUGGAUUGUCCGAUGCAUCUAUGAAGGCAUACGCUGCUGUAGUGUACAGCAGAGUAAUCAACAAGGAUGGCUCGAUUUCUACAUCGAUUAUGGCUGCGAAGUCUAGGGUGGCUCCGCUAAAGCAGCAAUCUCUGCCUCGCCUAGAGCUAUGCGCGGCACUGCUCCUAAGUCAACUCAUACGUUCGAUAAAGGCGGCACUUCGACAUCAAAAGGUCACGGUUUUUGCAUG